GGGGUUCGGACGGGAGGGAGAAGCCUUCUCUGGGCGAGCCCUGCCUGCCCCAGAGCCAGGCCGGCGAUCGCUGGAGGGACGGAGGUGGGAGCGGGGGCCGGGCGAUUGGGCCCGGCGUCGAGAGGAGGUUCCGUCCUCUUUUCCCCCCUCCCCCGGCAGGUUUGGGGGGGACCAGCGAGCGGGCGACAGCCGUGGAACAAAAGGUCCAGCCUUGGCAGCACAUUCGCUUUCGGAUUUUUCUGCUGCAGCCUGAGUUCAUCAUGAAGGCCCUUGAUGAACCGCCAUAUUUGACAGUAGGCACUGAUGUGAGUGCAAAAUAUAGAGGUGCCUUUUGUGAAGCCAAGAUAAAAACAGCAAAAAGACUGGUUAAAGUCAAGGUAACAUUUAGGCAUGAUUCAUCAACUUUAGAAGUUCAGGAUGAUCACAUAAAAGGCCCUUUAAAGGUAGGAACUGUGGUGGAAGUCAGGAAUCCAGAUGGAACUUAUCAGGAGGCUGUCAUCAAUAAAUUGACAGACGCUAGUUGGUAUACUGUAGUAUUUGAUGAUGGAGAUGAGAAAACUCUUAGACGCUCUUCACUUUGCUUGAAAGGAGAAAGACAUUUUGCUGAAAGUGAGACAUUAGAUCAGCUCCCUCUUACCAAUCCUGAACAUUUUGGGACUCCUGUCAUCGGAAAGAAAACUAAUAGAGGAAGAAGAUCUAAUCACAUCCCAGAAGAAGAAUCUUCCUCAUCUUCAAGUGAUGAGGAUGAAGAUGACAGAAAACAAACUGAUGAAUUAUUAGGAAAAGUUGUAUGUGUAGAAACUAUUAGUACGGAUAAAAAGAAAAAUAUUUGCUUUCCAGGUUUGGUGGUUUGUUCAAAUUGUAGUGAUGAAGUUGCAGUAAAGAAAGAUAAUAUUCUUGUUCGUUCUUUCAAGGAUGGCAAGUUCUCUUCAAUACCAAGAAAAGAUGUACGGGAAAUUAGUGAGUCUUCACCAAAACCUGAUGCUGCAUUAAAACAAGGUAAAAAUUAACUUCAAAAUUAGAAA